AUGGCUACUGUAAACUUACUGGAGUACCUUCGCUCACGGACACAGGUGGAUAUUGACACCUACGAUAUUGAAGCUUCCAAGGAGAUUGGGCCUUUUCAAGAUGCAACAGGGAAUCAAUUUGAGAUCCAAGCAGAGAUUGUUAAGCCCAACAGAAGCGCCGUGCUGAAGAGAUCACUAGAGUUAGCGACCACGAUACACCCACAGUUCGCCACUAUCACCCUCGAAGAGCUUGCUGUGGAGGUGGCGGGUAUCGAACUAGCCCUCGAGGUGAUCCAAACUGUCCAUGGAAAUGUACAUGUUAUGAUCAACCCGAGCUACUCUUACAACACCGAAGCAAUAGUUGCAAAUGCUCAGCGAUUCCAUCUUAUCUGUCAAAUCAUUGACCCCGGUUUCGACAAAUCUCGCCUGGUCACCAAGGUGCCAGCGACAUGGGAAGGAAUGAAAGCUGCGCACCAGCUCAAGAGAAGUGGAAUAAAGACUUUGGCCACGACUCUCUUCUCGAUGGAACAGGCGAUCCUUGCGGGCGAAGCCGGCUGUAUAUCAAUUUCACCGUUUUUGCAUGAGCUCAAAACCGAAACUUACGAGGGAUACAAAGACACGAAUCCAAUUCUUGGGGUCUGUGUGCAAGCACAGCAGUUCUAUCGCCAGAACUCUCUGCCCACACGGCUGAAAGCUUGUGUAGCGCUGAACCUUGAUGAGCUGAUUAUGCUCGCUGGGGUCGACGCACUAACUAUAUCACCAAAAUUUCUUAGGCUUUUGGCAGCUACAGAGAGAUCCCGAGAGGAGGUGGAGAGUAUGUCCUUGUUUGCGAGAACUGCCAAUGCCACAGAGGCUGUCAACUACCCUUCAUAUAUCGACUCCGAGAGUCAAUACCGGGUUCAUUUUGCUGCGAGUGAGGGCGGAAAGGCGCAAUUCAAGACAGCACAGGCAAUUGCUCUAUUUUGUGAUGCUCAAACCGCGGCGGAGUUGUACGUCAAGUCUCAAUUGGAGGACUCUUCUUACACCCCAAUCAACCUAUGA